AUGAGACUCUCAGGUGUUUUCCUCGGCUUUGUUGCCGCCGUGUCUGGCCAUACAAUCUUCCAGAAGCUCUCUAUUAAUGGAGUUGACCAAGGAGCAUUGAAAGGGGUUCGCGCACCUUCAAGCAGCAACCCCAUUCAAAACGUCAACGACGCUGGUUUCGCCUGCAACAACAACAUCCAGUACAAGGACAACAAUGUUGUGUCUAUCGCCGCUGGUGCGAAGGUUGGUGCUUGGUGGGGACACAUCAUUGGAGGUGCUCAAGGCACAAACGACGCCGAUAAUCCCAUAGCCGCAAGUCAUAAAGGCCCUAUCGUUGUCUACCUGGCCAAAGUUAGUAACGCUGCUAGCACUGGCACGACAGGCCUCAACUGGUUCAAGAUUGCUGAAGCCAGCCUGAGCGGAAGUACUUGGGCGGUAGACACCAUGAUAGCGAACAAUGGCUGGCAUUACUUCACUCUACCCUCAUGCGUAGCUCCUGGAGACUACCUCCUGCGCGUCGAAAUUAUUGCCCUUCACUCUGCCUCUACACAAGGAGAGGCCCAGUUCUACAUGGAAUGCGCCCAGUAA